AUGGCGGCGUCCUGCGGCUCCUCGCAGCUCCCGGCCGCCGAGCCGCCGCUGAAGAUCCCCAAGAUGGAGGUGCUGUCGCCGGGCUCGCCGGGAGCGCUGAGCGACGGCAACCCUAGCCUCUCCGACCCCUCCACCCCCAGCGGCGCCUCCCCUCUAGGCUCGGGGCCGGGGCCGGCGGCCGGCGGGGCCGGGCUGGGGGGCGGCGGCGGCGGGGCUGGGGGCCGCGGCGGGGCUUCGCCUUCCGUGUCCUUCUCGCCGGGCGGUGCCGCCGCUGCCGCCGCUGCCGCCGCUUGCCGAGGGAUGUCCUGGACGCCGGCGGAGACCAACGCGCUCAUCGCCGUCUGGGGCAACGAGCGGCUGGUGGAGGCGCGGUACCAGCAGCUGGAGGGCGCCGGGACCGUUUUCGGCAGCAAAGCCCCCGGACCCGCCAUGUACGAGCGAGUCUCCCGCGCCCUGGCAGAGCUGGGCUACGAGCGCACCCCCUCCCAGUGUCGGGAGCGCAUCAAGACCCUCCGCAGGUGCUACAGCCGAGUGAAGGAGCACGGCGUGGGCAAGAGGAAAAGCAGCUACACCUUUGAGCAGCUGGAGCAGGUGUUUGGGCAGGGGGGAUGGGACUCACAGCCCUGCCAGCCUGUCCUCAUCAACAGCAGUGGCCUCUACCAGGAGCUGGAGUCGGAUGGCAGCACCAUGGAGGAGUACUCCCAGGAGGAUUGGGGAAACCACAGCCAGGAGCUCCACUGCUACCAGACUGGAGAGCAGGAGCUGGAUGAGAUGCCUACCCCGAAAAGAACACUAAAGAUCAAACAGGAGUCUUCAGAAGACACCCAGAAGCGCGACGUGAUGCAGAACAUCAUGCAGAUCCUGGAGUCGGUGCAGCUGAAGUGGGAGCUGUUCCAGAGCUGGACGGACUUCUCGCGGCUGCACCUGUCCAACAAGCUGGCGAUCUUCGGCAUCGGCUACAACACGCGCUGGAAGGAGGACAUUCGCUACCACUACGCCGAGAUCAGCUCCCAGGUGCCGCUGGGCAAGCGCCUGCGCGAGUACUUCAACUCGGAGAAGCCGGAGGGCAGGGUGAUCAUGACCCGGGUGCAGAAAAUGAACUGGAAGAACGUUUACUACAAAUUCCUGGAGAUCACCAUCAGUGAGGCGCGCUGCCUGGAGCUGCACAUGGAGAUCGACUGGAUCCCCAUCGCCCACUCCAAGCCCACCGGCGGCAACGUGGUGCAGUACCUGCUGCCAGGGGGCAUCCCCAAGAGCCCCGGCCUGUACGCCAUCGGCUACGAGGAGUGCCACGAGAAGCCGCCCUCGCCCCUGGCUGAGCACAGGGGGGUGGAGCCCCUCACUGAGACUCAGAGCGAGCUGGAGGUGCCCUCGCCCCAGGCCUCCCUGCGGGUGGAGAUGGAGGCCGCCCGCAUCAUCUACUGCUACCUCGGCAUCGCCGAGGUGCGGACUCUGCAGCAGUGCCUGUUCCUACACUUCCAGGCCAACACCAAAACCUUCAGCAAGGAUUGGCUGGGCAUCAACGCCUUCUUAUCCCAGAACUGCGUGGUGGAGCCUGGCGUCUCCCCCAAAUCCAUCUACAUCAAAUUUGUGGAAGUGGAGAGGGAUUUUCUGUCGGCCGGCUCGCUGGUAGAGUGCCUGGAAAAAGCCAUCGGAUACCCUUUAAAGUUCAACAACUGA